UUCAUUUUUCGUUCCGUUGUCGCCACAGUCAGAGUUCUGUAAAUCUCAUUCAUUUUGCAUUGUGCCUUUCAGCGCUACGGACGUGCGGUGUCGAGACAACACUUAGAAAUUAAUUGAACAAUAUUUAAAUAGUAGUAAACAACAACCUUAUUGCAAUAUCAACUAAAGUUAAUGUUGAUGACUUUGAUUUUAGACAAUGCACAGACAUAAACGCUAAACAUAUUUUGCCUACUUGACUUUUUUUUUCAUUGUUUGCUUUUUGACUUUCGCCGUCUUUGGCAAACUUUUUGUGGCGCGUUCGCGUGCAGUGUUAAUUAAUUGGUCGAUACAACGUUCAAGAGGCAGAAGAACAACAAUAACAACCAAAUUCAAAAAGUGCGUAAAGAGGUUAGCAAGUGCCGCCCACAACAGAAACGAAAGAGAGCAGGAGAUAAGCAUAAGAAUCCAAGCGCCGACGGUGACGUUGCAGCGCGAGAGAGGAACAGCGAAGCUGGCUCUGACAACAACAACAAAACGAGCAUGUCAACAGAUAAUCCCACACAGCUGUUAACGACGCACGAUUUGAGCCAGUUGCGUGGGCAACUGCAGACGGCAGCAGCCGCAACGAGCGCCGCCGUGGUGGCAGCAGCAGCAGCUGCUGCACACGGCUACCACAGCGUGGCAGGCACAGCGGCCGCAGCGCCGCCAUCAAACGGACACGGACUAGGACUGGGACUGGGACUUGGACACGGACACAGCCACGGCCACGGCCACGCCCACAUGAAUUCCAACUCAAAGUACCUACUGUUGCGGCCCAAUGGCGGCAGCUUCACGGCAUAUGAGAAUGCCACGCAGGCGGGCAACGCGUCGUCGGCAGCGGCAGCAGCCGCUGGCAAUAUAGUGGUGCUUGCCACAGAGCAAUUGGAGCUUAGUGCGGCGGAUGCUUUGACCGCGUCAGGCGCAGCUGCUGAUGAUGAUGAGCUGCGUCCCUUGUCCUGGCUGAAUGAGAGCAAUCUGAUCAAAGGCAUUGUGACCACAACAACAACGUCUGCUGCCGCAGCAGCAGCAGUGAAACGCGGUGGUGUUGCAGUGGCGCUCAAAUCGUCGCCAACAACAACGGCCACAGCGACAACAACCACAACAGCCGGAGCAGCAGCUGCAGCAACAGCAGCAUCAGCUGCAGCAGCCACACCAGAGCCUUACAACAUUUGCCUAGUGAACGAUAUAAUCGAGGAACUGUCACACAGCGAUGCCAACGAACAGCAUCAGCUGUCGCAGUCACCCGCCGUCUAUAGGACCACAACGGUGCACAAGGGACCCAGCGGCACAACCACCGUGGUGGAGUACAAAGCAGCCAGCAGCAAACCGAAUGCCACAGCAGCGGGUGCAACAGUCGCUGGUGCCUUUAUGCCGCGUGUUGCCGGCAACACUUUCAUGCCCGCAACAACAGCAACUGACAAACAGCAGCAGCAGCAGCAGUCGCAAAUCUUUGUCAGCAGCAAUGGUACGAAUGGAACAGCUAGCUAUAAAUCCACUGGGAAUACCACAACGCAUCAUCCGCACAAGAAAUAUCUGCGCGAAAAGAUGAACGUGCAUGUGGAUCACAGCAACAACAACAUCACCAACAACAAUAACAACAGCAGCAGCAGCAGCAGCAGCAACAACAACACCAGUAGCACCACCGUCGCCAACAACAAUAUCAGCCAUGUGGUGGCUUCAACCGUUACCGUGGUCAGCUCGCCCGCCUCCUCAAACAAUUCGACGCUCAGCUCAUGCUCCGCCUCGGGCUCCUCGACGGCGGCCGUCAAUGGGGGCAACAGUCCAGUGCCGAAAUCGAACAGCUUCAAUGCAGUAUUCGAUGCCGUCAACUACUCAACGCCCAAUAGCAGCAGCAGCAGCAGCAACACCACCGCCACAGCCUCCGCCACCACCACCAACAGCAGCAGCAGCAACAGCAACAGCAACAACACCAGCGAACAACACACAACGCCACAAUCGGUGGUUAGCACCACAACGUUGCCACCUGGCUACAGUUUUGUUACCGCUCCACAUGUUAUGUCACAACAGCCCGCCAAUAUUUCCUCACCGGAGACGCCGCCAGGUGCGGCUCUUUUGCCACCUGUCACCUACUACAGUGCGGUGCAGCCGCGAACCGGUGUGCUGCAGUUGUCGGUGACGCCGCCGCCGCCGUCCAUGACGCCUACGGCGGUGCACAAUGGUUCUGGUUCCGGUUCCGGUUCCGGCUCCGUUUCGACUGGUUCCGCUUCCGGCAUUGCCAAUCUGCGCAGCCCCAACAGCUAUGCCAGCUACGACAACGAGGACUCGCUCAAGGAGUUCGACAUUGGCCUGGGCAAUGGGGCACGCAUGCACACGAGCACGCCUCAAUAUCAAUCAAUGUCCAAAGCCAACGGUAACAAUAACAACAACAACAAUAACAGCAGCAGCAACAACAACAACAACAAUUCAGCUACAUACGGCAGCUCCGGCCCUGGCAACAACAACAACAAUAACAACAACAACAGCAGCAGCAACAACAGCAGCAGCACGCCCCAAAAGCAAAAGCAUCCCAACAAUGUGCCAUAUGAUCCAUACGUGCAUACAAACAAUAAGCCGCCAUAUAGCUUUAGUUCCUUGAUCUUCAUGGCCAUUGAGGACUCGAAUGAGAAGGCGUUGCCUGUUAAGGAGAUUUACGCGUGGAUCGUGCAGCAUUUUCCCUACUUCAAGUCAGCGCCCAAUGGCUGGAAGAACAGCGUGCGGCACAAUCUGUCGCUGAACAAGAGUUUCGUCAAGGUGGAGAAGGCGCCCAACAUGGGAAAAGGCUCGCUGUGGCGCGUUGAGCCGCAGCAGCGACCAAAUCUGAUGCAGGCUCUCAACCGUUCGCCCUACUUCCCCAACUCGGCCGUUGACAAGAUAAGUCCGAUGCUUAAGAGCCCCAAUGGCCAUGCUGGUGGCGUUGCUGGCGGCGCUGGCAGCAUUGCUGGCUACGAUAGCUUGGAUGGUACUGCUCAUGUUUCAGUGGCGUCUACAACGCCCGCCAAGGGCAUUGGCGGCUUGGCCAAUGGCAAUGGCAGCGGCAGCGGCAGCCAGGCUGCCACGUCCAAUGGCAGCACAGGACCGGCGCCUGCUGGCGGCAAUCAUCCCCGCUUCGAUCCGAAGCUAUUUCCUAAUCUGUCCAAGGCAUUUCGCAAUAUCGAGGAGCCGCACUACAUGGGCGAUGCUGUGGACGAGGAGCUGUCGGUGGACUAUGCAUCUAACAACAACAACAACAAUAAGUACAACUAUGCGAAUGGAUCUGGUAAUGUUGUAGUAGCAGCACCAGCUGGACCUGGAGCUGGUGCUGGCUCUGUUGCCAUUAGUGCCGUAAAUUUCGAGCGGUUGGCCCGUGACUGCGGCGCCGAUAGCAUCGAUGAUGUCCAUGCGGCUGCGGCGAUGCUUUUCCUUAAGCAUGGCUCAAAAGCCUUCCUUGAUAGCUUUCACAACGGUGCUCCAGUGAUAACCAGUUCUCCUAGCGAGGAUCACACCUAUUCGGCUGGCGGCAAUAGCAAUGCAGACAGUGGGGCUUCGACACCUCUGAUCAAUGGCAACGGCAAUGGCCAAAAUGUACAGCAGACACAACAGAGUGUUGGCCAUGGCGGCGACAGCAAUUGUGCCAGCUCCGAUGCGGCCUACGACAGCAGCGAGGAGAAUCAUAAUAUCACGCCCGAGGAGCUGGCCGAUCAGCAGCGACAUCGCGAUGGUGUUGAUGCUCUGCUCUCCCUUUCGCGCUCCUCAAUUGUGGAGUGCGGCUCGUCGACGACCACGACCCACUAUCAUAGCAAUGGCAGCAGUGGCAGCAGCCACGGCUCGCCGCACAAACGUGCCUCCAGUCGCAGCAUCGAGGAGGAGAAAUGGCAGCACCUCGAGCUGCAAUAUCAGCAUCAGCAGCAGCCGCAGAACACCGGCGUCUAUACAAAUGGCAGCGGCAGUAAAAUGGCAUUACUCAGCAGCGCUGCUGCCAAUGUAGCUGCUGCCGGGGCGUCUGCUCAGCAGCAGCAACAACAGCAGCAGCAGCAACAGCAACAGCUGCAGCAGCAACAGCAGCAGCAAAGGCCGCUCUACGAUGAGCCAUACAAUGCAAACGUUGCGACGGGCAACAAUGCGUCCAACUUGUAUUUGUCCAGUAUAAGCUGUCUGCCAAAUGGUGGAGGUGCCGUCUCUGGUAAUGGGCAAUCCAUGCUGUCGCUAAGCGCUGCUAUGGUAAAUUCCGCGCCAGCCAAGAGCAAAGGAAAGCCUCUGCGUGGAGUGCGUACCAAAAUCAAGCGAAAAGCCAAUUGGAUGCGGUGAAUAUGGCGCAAAGCUGGCGGCCGACUGUAGAGAGAUCUAUAUCGCUAUGUUUUCUCUCUGUCUGCUGAACUGGCACACAACAAAAACACACACACUAGUUUCCUCACCAUGCUGCUCGCACCAUUUGUUGUCUCUUUCUAAAGCGAUUUCUGUACAAUGCGUAGCAUUUAGUCAAAUGUUUUGGUUUUAAUCCAAUUUCAAUUUUAAUAUU